UGAAGGAGUUUCACUCGGAGCUCUUCAGUGGUCAUCAUCACACACAAAGUACUAACCCAACUGGUUCUUAAACCAGCUUUAAUAUAGACAGUGUCCAUCCGGAUUUGUAUUCUUUUUUUCUUUUGCACUCUGCAGCAGCCCAUGUGAGGCUGCAGCAUCACCUAGAUUCAGGCUUUAACUAUCAGAUAACCACCACUAACUGGCUGCUGUCUGCUGUUCAAAUGCUGGGAGACAAGGCUCACGGUGUGGCUUUGAAGGUUAUGGAAUACUCCUAUGACGAUGACCUGGAAGAGCUGUGUCCUGUGUGUGGAGACAAAGUGUCUGGGUACCACUACGGGUUGCUCACCUGCGAGAGCUGCAAGGGAUUCUUCAAAAGGACAGUGCAGAACAACAAAAGGUACACAUGUGCAGAAAAUCAAGAGUGUAAAAUAGACAAGACCCAGAGGAAGAGAUGUCCUUUCUGUCGCUUCCAAAAAUGCCUCAGUGUCGGGAUGCGGCUAGAAGCGGUGCGUGCGGACCGCAUGCGUGGGGGUAGGAAUAAAUUUGGCCCGAUGUACAAGAGAGACAGGGCCUUGAAACAGCAGAAGAAGGCUUUGAUACGAUCCAAUGGGUUUAAGCUUGAGAGCACAGCCCCUCCACCAGGCUCUCCUCUGCAGACUGAUUACGGCUUCACCAGCAAUCUGCACACCUUGCCCACCAUUUCCAAAAGCAUGCUCCCCUCCACCCCAAACUCCAUCACACCUACAGACUACGAGGCUAGCCUCUAUGGACCCCCAUCCCUGGGCAUGGCCAUGCAGUCCCACAUGCCCCUCACCACCCAGUACCAGUACACAGCCUUCCCUGGCAGGGCGAUUAAAGCUGAGUGUCCUGACUACACCAGCUCCCCUGAGUCUCUGACAGGAUAUCCCUACCCAGACAUGUACCCCUCGGCCUCACCGCAGCCACCCAGCCUGCCGCCGCUGGUGCUGGAGUUGCUGCGCUGCGAUCCAGAUGAACUAGCGGUGCAGAAUAAAAUCAUCACUCACCUGCAGCAGGAGCAGGGCAGCCGGGGCCGGCUGGACAAGCCCAGCACCUUCAGCCUCAUGUGUCGCAUGGCAGACCAGACCCUGUUCUCCAUAGUGGAGUGGGCUCGGAGCUGCAUCUUCUUCAAGGAGCUCAGGGUGGGAGAUCAAAUGAAACUGCUCCAUAACUGUUGGUCUGAACUUCUGGUCCUGGAUCACAUUUUCAGACAAGUGCAACAUGGAAAGGAAGACAGUAUCCUGCUGGUGACUGGCCAGGAGGUGGAGCUGUCCUCCAUCCUGUCCCAAGCUGAGGUGACUCUGUCCAGUCUGGUCCAAAGAGGUCAGGAGCUGGCAGCGCGGCUGCGGGUCCUGCAGGUCGACCGCAGAGAGAUCGCCUGUCUGAAAUUCCUUCUCCUGUUCAACCCCAAUGUGAAGCUGCUAGAGAACCAGGCAUUUGUGGAGGGUGUCCAGGAGCAGGUGAACGGAGCACUCCUAGAAUACACGCUGUCCACCUACCCUCAGUUCCAGGAGAAGUUCAGCCAGCUGGUGGUGCGGCUGCCGGAGCUGCGCUCCCUCAGCACACAGGCCGAGGACUUCCUGUGCUACAUGCAUCUGAGUGGAGAGGUGCCCUGCAACAACCUGCUCAUUGAAAUGCUGCACGCCAAACGAGCGUGUGUGUGAGGGGUGUACGCAGGAUGUUCCACGUAUUGUUUGUCUUAGGUGAGAUUGUAUGUGGGUGUGUGUGCACACGUGAGGGAAGGUGUGAAUGAGAUGAAAAAAAUCCAGUGAAGAUACACAAGUUCAUACUGGGUCAUCUUUGUGAGGAGAAAAUGUUCUUUUGAGUUGGAAUCAUAAACCUCCAUCGAGGCAGUU